CCCACAGAGGCUCCUGGUCCUCCUCUUCUGACUGCCCGGCUGUUUCUGACAGGAUUUCGACCCUUUGGAGGCCUCCCACAAUGUCUGUCGAGCCUUCAGGGCGGCUGUCCUUGAGGGAAGCGAGUUCAAAUCCUCCAGAGAGAUUUUUCUUCAUCUCCACAGAGGAUUCCUGGACAGGACAGGAGAGGAAGAUAGAGAAAGUACCGCCUCUGGAGACGUUGAAGCCUUUCUCUAUCAGGGAGCAAUGGAGAGGGGCCUUUCUCCUAUUCCCAAGCCCAUCAUCCCUGUCCUCUCCCUUCCCCUCAGACGCGCUCUUCUUUCCCGCCCUUUUUACAAUCAUGGCACUUUGCCCCUAACCCACCAGGGGGAGCCCUCUGCUAAAAGAAGGUAGCGUCAUGCGCUUCCCCAUUGGUCCAGCGGAGGGCGAACGUCACAGCUGCCUUUCCUGAGGAGGCCGGGGAGGAAAUGACAUCACAAACGCUUGCCGCUCUAGGACGCCGCACUCGCUCUCCUUAACCCCUGGGGCUCCACAGGAGGCGGAGAGGCUGCGGGAGAGUCUGGCGGGGGGAGAUCCGGACGUGGCUCGGAUACACAAAGUCGAAACUAUUUGAAAUCUUUGCAAACCAAUUUUUUUCUCUUGGGGGAAGAAGAAAAAGAGCGGAAUCCCUUGCAGGGAUCAGUCCUGCAGCCCCAGAAAUGGUCCCGUGAAGGAAAAGGCAUCUGGAGACCCACCAGAGUCCUUGGAGCCAUUUGCAGUUGCUCUGCAGGACAGAGAAAGGAUGGAGACACAACCUUUUGGAAAGGAGGGAAGCGGAAAAGGCCCUUCAGCUGCUCAGCCUUGGAAGGGGGGAAAGCUCUGGACAAGGACUGGACAGGAGAUCCUGGAGGAGGAAACCAUCCUCCCUUCAGAAGUUCAGCCCUGGAACUUCACCCAAUGCCAGGAGGCUGAGGGUCUCCGAGGAUUUUGCAGCCAUCUACAUGAUUUUAGUAGGCGAUGGCUGAGAUCAGAAAAGCACACCAAAGAGCAGAUGCUGGACCUGGUGGUUCUGGAGCAGUUCCUGGCUCUUCUGCCCCCAAAGAUGGAGAGCUGGGUGCGGGAUUAUGGAGCGGAGACCAGCUCCCAGGCGGUGGCCCUGGUGGAAGGCUUCCUCCUGAGCCAGAUGGAGGAGCAGAAGGAGCAGGUCGACUUGCAGUGCUGCACUGUGGAGAUCAGAGGUCCUGAGGGAAAGAAGAACCCAUCAAAUCCCCCUCAGGAGCUAUUUUUCAGGAGGAUCCCUUGGAAGGAUCAAAGUCACUACACCUCAGGAGAGAAACAAAGAAUGAAAUUUUCUGGUUUCUAUGACGGUGAUCAAACAGAGGCUGAACCUCUAAAUCAAGAGAGUCUUGUGUCCUUCGAGGAGGUGGCUGUGUAUUUCUCUGAGGAGGAAUGGUCUCAGCUGGAUCCUGACCAGAAAGCGCUGCAUUCGGAAGUCAUGCUUGAAAACCAUAGGAACGUGGUCUCUCUCAGUAAUAAUGGGCAGGAGAAUCAAAAUUCCUGUGAACUGUUCCAAGUGAUCAAUGCUAAAGAUGGAACGGAGAAGUUUGGAAUUCGAAUGGAACCAGAAACCCAUGAUAGAAACCAGUCAAAUGAUUGGAAUCAGGAAAGCUCAUCUUCCACCGAUGGUCCGAUGCAAGACUUUCUUGCCCAACAGGAGAAAAUAAGGAAAAAAUAUAUUGGUGAAAGUGUGAAGCCAAUCAAAGCUAAAUUACAAGUAAAAGAACACUAUUUAAGCCAAAACAAAGGAGAAGAUGCUAUAAGAAAACACAAUGGACAAAGUUACAAUGGGACAUUCAUUCCUUCUCUUGGAAAUAAAUUCCUUACAUCUCAAAAAGUGACAGAUACAAAAGAGAAGCCUUACAAAUGUUUGGAAUGCGGAACAUGUUUUGGAACAAGCAGGCAACUUACUUCCCAUGAAGGGAUUCACACUGGGGAGAAGGUAUACAAAUGCAGAGAGUCUGGUAAAAGGUUCAGAAGACGUAGUAAUCUUAUUUCCCCAAAAAGGAUCCAGGCAGGGGAAAAGCCAUUUAAAUGCAUGGAGUGCAAAAAAAUCUUUGCUCGAAGAAGUACUCUUAUUUCCCAUAAGAGGAUCCACACAGGGGAGAAGCCGUAUAAAUGCAUGGAGUGUGGAAAGACGUUUGGUCAAAGAGGUCAUCUUAUUUCCCAUAAGAGGAUGCACACAGGGGAGAAGCCGUAUAAAUGCAUGGAGUGUGGAAAAACCUUUUCUCAAAGAGGUAGUCUUAUUCGCCAUAAGAGGAUCCACACAGGGGAGAAGCCGUAUAAAUGCAUGGACUGUGGAAAAACCUUUGCUGAAAAACGUAAUCUUAUUUACCAUAAGAGGAUCCACACAGGGGAGAAGCCGUAUAAAUGCAUGGAGUGUGGAAAGACGUUUGGUCAAAGAGGUCAUCUUAUUUCCCAUAAGAGGAUCCACACAGGGGAGAAGCCAUAUAAAUGCAUAGAGUGUGGAAAAAUGUUUUCUGAAAGAGGUCAUCUUAUUCGCCAUGAGAGGAUCCACAGAGGGGAGAAGCCGUAUAAAUGCUUGGAGUGUGGAAAAAUGUUUUCUGAAAGACGUAAUCUUAUUUCCCAUGAGAGGAUCCACACAGGGGAGAAGCCAUAUAAAUGCUUGGAGUGUGGAAAAAUGUUUGCUCAAAGAGGUAGUCUUAUUCGCCAUAAGAGGAUCCACACAGGGGAGAAGCCGUAUAAAUGCAUGGAAUGUGGAAAGGACUUUACUCGGAAAGUUAGUCUUAAUUCUCAUAAAAGGAUCCACACUCAGAAGAAACUGUAUAGCAAUAGUAAUUCCACUUAGACUUCUGGCUGGGGGCAAUUAGCCUAUAGUACUGCAUUCUAAUCACUGAUCCACCACAUUUCUAUAGAUGUUGAUAUUUAUGCAUAUUGUGCCUUUCAGAUCCAAACGAGACAAGGUAGAAUCCAACAAAAUGAAAUUUAAUGUGGAGAAAAGUAAGCUUUUACAUCUGGGCAGGAAAAACAGAUUACCUGAAACCUGGCUGGAUAAUAGUAACUGUGAAGGGUCCUUGGAGUCGGAAUGGAUGAUCAAUUAAGCAUGAAUCACCUGUGUGUGGCAGCAGCCAAAAAAAGCGAACACAAUCCUUGGUUUUAUAAACAGAGGCAUAGAAUCAAAAUCACAUGAAGUAUUACUACCACUUCAUAAUGCUUCAGUAAGACCACACCCGGAAUACCGCAUCCCCUUUGGGUCAUCAUAUUACAAAAAAGAUGUUGAAACUUUGGAAAAAGAGCAAAGAAGAGCAGCUAAGAUGAUUAAAGGCCGGAAUACUAAAAAAAGAACUGUUAUAGGAACUGGGCAUGGCUAGUCUAGUGAAGAGAAGGACCAGGGGAGACAGGAUAGCAGUGUUCCAAUAUUUGAGGGGCUGCCACAGAGAGGGUGGGGUCCAAGGCACCUGAAGGCUAGACAAGGAAUAAUGGAUGGAAACUUAUCAAGGAGCGAUUCUACCUAGAAAUAAGGAGAAGUUUUCUGACAGAACAAUCAACCAAUGGAAGAGCUUGCAUUCGAAAGUUGUGGGCGCUUCAUCACUGGUGGCUUUGAAGAAGAGAUUGGACUGCCAUUUGUCAGAAAUGGUGUAGGGUCUCCUGCUUGGGCGGGGGGUUGGACUAGAAGAGCUCCAAGUUCCCUUCCAGCUCUAUUCUGAUUUUGAUUUGGAAUCCUCAAUCCAUUCUGGUGCUUUUUUGCUAAGUAGGAGGUUUUAAAAGAAAGAUGAGUAUCAAUGGAGAUUAAGGUUAUUGUUUGCCCUCAAAGUGAUGUGUGGAUGCCAGUAUUUAAGUGAUACAUUUCCAGUAACUCCCUCUGAUGAGUAUUUUAUUUUAUUUUAUUUUAUUAAAUUUCUAUACCACCCUUCUCCCGAAGGACUCAGGGCGGUGAAAAUCCACAAAAUAAAACACAUAAGUACAAAAAUUUAAAAUAGAAUAAAAUGAAUUAAAUAAUUUGGCUGACACAAAUUUAAAAUACCCAAUAUUUUAAAAACAAAUUAAAAUUUGCAUUUAAAAAGGGGAGAAGAUUUAGGCCAGGCUGGCUUGCUGAAAUAAGAAAGUCUUGAGCGCGCGACGGAAGGUGCGCAGAUCCGGGAUCCUCCGUAUCUCUGGGGGGAGCUCGUUCCAGAUCGUAGGUGCCCCCACAGAGAAGGCUCUCCCCCUAGGGGCCGACAGUCGACAUUGUUUGGCCGACGGCACCCGGAGGAGCCCCUCUCUAUGGGAGCGUACUGGUCAGUGGGAGUAUAUCCACUAGAGCAGAGUUGCAGGCAGAAAUGCAAUUAGUCCUGAAUCCCUUACUAUUGUUUCAGCUUUUCUUCCUUUGCUUACUAUUGUCACAGUCUGCCUUUCCACCGUUUCACUUUAUGCAAGUAAUAACAGAGAAAGAAAACCAUAAGGAAAAGGGGGUUAUAGUGAUGCUGAAUUAGAAAAUGCAACUCAUAGGUUCUUUCUCCUUAUUUUGUGGUGGUCUUUCCUUGCCUUCCCUGGUGUUGCCCAUCUCUGGACUCACACAAUCUUAUCAAUACCUUUUUAAAGUGAAGUCUCCAGAACUGGACACAGUAUUCCAAAUGGAGUCUCACUAAAGCCCUAUGUAGAGGGAUAGGAGCUCCUUUUUGCUGAGGGUGAUACAUCUGGUGAUGCAUCUCAGAAUUUUGUCUGCCUUCCCAGCUGCCUGGCCACACUGCUUACUUACGUUGCAGUUAUCCUUGUUUCAGUGCCAUGGCAACUACUUUCACAUAAUUGUGGAAAAGAAGGAAAGAGAAAGCAGUGGUAGGGAUAUGUGGACACAUAUUAAGUUCCCAUAGGUAGGCAGCCUGCUGGCCAACCCAGGCAGUCCCUGAUUUACAAUAAUUUAUUAAGUAACCGUUUGAAGUUCCAAUGGCAAUAAAUGAUGGCUCUGACCUCCUCCCUCCCUCCCAAAUUAGACAUACUCCAGGAUAUCAGAAUGAAAACCACUCUGGUGUGCUAACAUUGCAAAGGAUCAAUCAAGAAGGAAGAUCUUUGGAAAUCAAUGGGGACCAAAAUAAGAUGUAAUUAAGAACUACUUCAAAAAAUUACUUCAGUCCUUCCUGAUGAAACACGCAGAAAUGCGAAUGGGAAGUUUCUCUGGGAUGUCCAGAUACCAAAAAUAAUCCAGCCUGCCAACAAAGGAGACAAUGUGUAGCUCAUGGUUGAAAUGAGGGGUCCUUGGUGGUCUCUGAGCUUGAUUGUGUUGUUGCAGACCUUUCAUUAGCCAAACGAGGGAAGAUCCUCAGUGCACCAACCAACCUCAGAGGGCACCAAGGACCCCUCAAUCCAACCUCCAUCCACUGUGUCAAAUUAAUCACUGUCUCAACCAGGAUGAAUGCAGAAGCAAGGAAAUGUUUUAGGCCAAAGACCUCUUAGGAUGUGAUGGAAUAAUGACUGCAUGCAGAAAGCUUUAGGGUGAACAAUGUGUAUGUCGUAACAUUAAAUAACUUAAAAUUAAGUAACUAGUCAUGUAAUUACUUGCUAAAGAUGCAUCAAAUUCUUAAUGGAGUCUUCAACUUUUCUUGUUUUGCAUUUGCUUUUCUUUUUCUCUUUUCAUUUAUGGUCCAAUGAUAUAUCCCUGCAUUCAAUUCUCCAAGGGGCUUGGAGUAACUAUAAUAAACUUAAGCAACAGAUGGCGACAGACCUGGCGAAAGGGGAAAAUUUGCAGCUUUCCUUAAUUGAUAGGAUAUCAACUAUUAAGAUGAAUAUUUUGCCUAGAAUUUUAUAUCUGUUCCAGACAAUUCCAGUUAGAUUGGGGAACGAUUUUUUCAAAGAUUUGAAUAAAAUGGUGUUAAAAUAUAUUUGGCAGGGAAAGGAGGCGAGGAUAAAAUUGAAGUUGUUACAAGAUGCUAGAAUACGGGGAGGCUUUGGUUUACCUAAUUGGGAACUUUAUUAUCAAGCAUCAAGCCUGAUGUCGAUUAAAGAAUGGAUAAAUUUAAGAAAUAUUGGAUUAUUGAAUCUAGAAGGGCAUGAUUUGUUGAUGGGGUGGCAUGCUUUUUUGUGGUAUAAAGGAACAAAAAUACAGGGGUAUUUUAGAAGACAGCACAUACUUGAGGCUCUGUUAUUGAAUUGGGAGAAGAUUAAAAAACAACAUUAUCUGAAAAUUCCAGUCCAGGUAUCUACAAUUGAAGCAUUUUCAUAUUCAGUAGUAUUCAGAAGGGAAGAAAUUGUUAGAUAUAGUGAAUUAAUGGAUGAAGAGUGAACUUAAACCGAGGCAAGAAUUAGAAAAACAAGGUUUCAAAAUGGAUUGGUUUUCUUACUUGCAAAUACAUUCUAGAUAUGAAGAUCUUAAACAAGAAGGUUUAUGACUAAUUUAGAUAAGAUUUUAAUGGGUUCUGAUGACUAUGUGAUUAAAAAAAUAUAUGGAUACUUGUUAGAGGUAAAAUUGGAAGAAGAACAAGUUAAAGAGUCAAUGAUAGCAUGGGGGAAAAUUUUGGUCAUGGUAUUGAUUUAGAGAAAUGACAAAAAUUGUGGUCUCAGAAUUAUAAAAUGACAAUGUCUACAGCUUAUAAGGAGAAUUUGUAUAAGAUGCUUUACAGGCGGCACCUACCCCUGACGAGGGUAGCCAGAAUGUUCAAGAAUAAAUCGGAGAAAUGUUGGAAGUGUCAUCAGACUCCAGGAUCAUAUUACCAUAUGUGGUGGACAUGUGUAGAAGCUAAAAGAUAUUGGACUAAGAUACACACGUGGUUGGAAAAAAUGACAAAGAAACAUAUUGACUUUAAACAGAGAUUUUUUAUUGGUGAUUUUACCAGAAACAUACAGCAGAGAAUUGCAAUAUUUAAUUGUGAAUGUUUUAACAGCAACUAGAAUUGUAUUUGCUAAAAAUUAAGAGAGAAAUUACCUACUGAUGUUAUUAAGAAAAUUAUGCAAUGUGCUGAAAUGAGUAAAUUGACAUUUGAAAUUAGAAAACAGGAAGAUAAACGAUAUUACUUGAUAAGGGAUUUGUUUUAUCAAUGGAUAGAUAAUAAAUCAUGGAAUUGAAGUAUGAAAUAGGGGGUUGAUGUAAAGACAAAAUAUCUGAAGCUUUUUUUUUCUAUAAAAGAUAAAAAUUUCUGUUAUAAAUUGGUAUUUUAGAAAUGGAUUUAUGCACAAGAGAAUAUGUACCAUUCGACUCACUGUCUGUAAUUGUUUGGAAUGAUGGUUUUAUGUUUGUUUUUGUUUUAAAAUAAAAAAAAAUUCAAAAAAAAAUUCUCCAAAGGUCUUAACCUUCCUAGUCACAUUUCUUGAGGUGAAUUCCCUACUGAAUCCCUAUGUAAAAAUGGUUUUUCCUCAUCAUAGUUUAGCUUUCUAUUCCUUUUUCAGGAUCUUCCUUUUCUUUCAUCAGAAGAGACCGGAGGGGUCCCUUUCCUUUCUCCUCCCCCCUUUGCUGAGAGGCUGAACGAAUAGUUUGGGAAGGGCAGCUGCAUGUAUUGAAUUAGAGAUAUAAAAAAAGAAAUAAAUUAAAAUCAUUUUCUUGAUUGUGGCCUUCCUGCCUGUGUCCCAUCUGCCUCCCCUUCAGGCGGAAGUUCCCAACAACUGCAAGACAAAAGCUGUCUUUCCCACAGAGACUCCUGGUCCUCUUCUGAUCGCCCGGCUGUUUCUGACAGGAUUUGGACCCUUUUGAGGCCUCCCACAAUCUCCGUGGAGCCUUCAGGGCGGCUGUUCUUGAGGUGUUACAAAGAGUUACUUAAUCCAAUAAACUUACCCAAGGACAGUAGUAACUCUCCCAUUAGCAACUCUGAGCACUUAAGAAAAGUUGUGCGGCUAAGAUAAUUUUGUAAACUAAGAUUAAUGCUUUAAGUAAUUAGAUGAACUUAUUAUCCAGUGUAUGUAACCAUAGAGGGAAAAUCGGAUGUAUGAUCUCAUGAUUAAUCAUAUAUGGAAAAUGUAUGAUCUCACUGAAUCCUUUGUCUUAGAAAUGUAUAAAAACCAUUGUAUCAGAGUUCUUUCUUUGUUCAAAGCUUCAGGUACAAAUCUGGCUCUGAACCUUGCGCAAUAAAGCUGUCUCUGACUGA